AUGAAGGAUUUGGGUUUUCUCAGCUAUUUUCUUGGCUUGGAAAUCUCUCAUGAUCCGGCUAGUUACUUUCUCUCCCAGGCCAAGAACACUUCUGAUCUCUUAGCUCGUUCUGGUCUUACCGAUUGCAAGACUGCCUCUACUCCCAUUGAUCCUCAGACACGUCUUACACCUCUUAACGGUCACUUGUUGUCUAAUGCUACUUUAUAUCGUCAGCUAGUUGGCAGUCUUGUCUAUCUCAUGGUUACUCGUCCAGACAUUGCUUAUGUUGUUCACAUUGUUAGUCAGUUCAUGGCUGCUCCUCGCUCUCUGCACUAUGAUGCUCUAGUUCGCAUUUUAUGGGACCCUACUAAUCAUCGCUCUAUUAUAGGGUUCUGCUUCUUCUUGAGUUACUCUCUCAUUGCCUGGUGUAGCAAGAAGCAAACUCUUACUGCUCGUUCUAGUACUGAGGCUGAAUAUCGUGCUCUUGCUGACACCACUCAAGAGCUUAUAUGGCUUCGUUGGCUUGUUUCUGAUAUAGGAAUUCCUCGAGUGCGCACCUGA